CAUCGCGCCGUGCCGCGCGCAGCGCUCCGCCUCCCCGGGGCGCCGUGAUGGCGGCGGGCCGCUCGGCGCGGCGCUGAGGCGGGCGGAGGAUGAUCUCGCGAUACGCUAGGAAACCGGUGCCUCCCGGCGCUCUGCAGCCACAAGGCCUGACGCAGCAUGCCUUGCGGCACCACCCGCUGCCAGAACCCAGCCCCGUCACACCUGCAUCUGAGAACUGCCGAGGGGCUUCAAGUGAGUCUGAAAUCUCAAAGGAAUCGGACUACCGUUCUGUUACUCCAACUGAUGAUGGGAAUUCAUGGUCUGCUAGUCCAAGUUACGCAGGCACCUCCACCGAGGACAGUUCCAUCUUCUCUUGGGGCUAUGAUGAGUUUGAUAAAGCUGCCACACAACAAGUUCAGAACAUGUUCAGGCAACUCGAUGAGCUACUCUAUGAACAGAAAGAAAAUGUGCACGUUGAGGGACUGCAGGAAGAAUGCCAGCAGUGGACAUCCAACUUUCCUCAUCUCAGGGUUGUGGGGAAGCAGAUAGUGAUCCCCAGAGAUGAAGGGUAUGAAUGGUAUUCGAGUUCACCUUCUGCCAGUUUAGGUUCAUCAGAUGUAAGCCCAUCACAGGAAGAAGGCUCUAAUGAAUUUAGUGUUUUUGGCAAGAAGGUGCCUCUUUCUGUUUCUCCUGUUCUCAAGAAAGCCAACCAUUCCAAGUCUCCGACUUUGUGUUCUCCAGACAGCGAAGAAGGUGAAGAUGGAGUAAUUGUCUCUGAAGGCAUAAUGGAGGAAUAUUUAGCAUUUGACUGCAGAGAUGUGGAGGAGGAACUGCAUGAGAGGAAAAUUGGACUCUCCUCUAAUAGACGAAAAUUGGGGAUUCCUCCAAUCUCUCCAUAUUCCUGCAUGAAGGAUUCUGUGCUCACGUUUGUGUUUGAUGAUGUGUGGAGUGAAGUGCUAGGCUGCAUGGAAGAACUGAUCAGCAGACACUGGGAAGUAUCAGCCUCUGAUGAUGAGAAAAAUAUCAUAAAAGUAGAAACAAUUCAAGCAGAUUCUGGAAGCCCCCAGCAGUUUGAUCCUCUGCCAGCGCUAUUACCUCGUAUGCCACAAAUUCAAAUGCCCUCAGUGACAUCAAAUCUGUGCCCAAAAACCAGAUGUGGCCGCAAAACCAAAAAGAGGAGAAAACCACCUCAAGUAAAUCUCUCUCAAGGGUCAAAUAGUGGGUCUCAACGUAAUCUGAAUGGCUUGAUAGUGAUACAUGGGAUCCACUUACAGCAAAGGAAUCUGCCUGUAAUGGAGAAAACGCUGGACCUGGAUGACAAACGCCCAGGCUCCAGUUCCAUCCUCUCAAACAAAGCAUGGCCAAAUCGUCCUCCUCUGGAGCUCAGUACAUCACCUCUGUCUCACAGCUCAAAAAGGCGAAACCCACUGCCACGUACCCUGCAUCCUAUCGACACGAGUCAGUCUCGCACUGGGACCCCACGGUCUGUGGAUGAUGUCUUCAGGGGAACUCGACUCCUGACUGCACACGAGCAGCUGACCUCACCCUCCCCACUGCUGCUAAACCGAAAUAAUCUCCUACCACCUAUUGGUACCACCGACGUGGCAGAACAUGUGAGCACCACAGGAUCACAGAGGCAAAUGAAAUCUCGAGGAAACUCAAGUCGAGCUCACAGUGUAACAACACAUGAAGAUACUCACCAGCAGCUACACGAGAGGUUCUUCUUACCUGAUCAUUUCUCCAGGCCUAAAACAACCAACGUAUUCUUGCCGGAUCCACAGCAUCGCCGUUCUUGCACUGUUAUUGAUUGUGGUAAUCACUCUUGGACAAGCAGAGGAUCAGCAGGUUCAGGUCUUCAGCCACAUGGUUCUGUGAAAGGCCAAAGUCGAAGUGGAUCAGUCACAAAAAGCAAACAGGGGUUCUAACGUGUCACGUGAAGAAGUGUACAUCCAUCUCCAGAAAAGUCACAGAUGCCCUCUGAGCAACGUCAGGGCUGUUUACAGAGAGCCUUCAAGCACCCUUCUGUAUGAACAGUCUUAUUUUUAUAUAAGUCUAAGAAGCAACUGCCAAAGAUUAGAAGGGAUAUACUUGCACAUUCCGUUUUCUACCAGUACAAAAAGCUAUCCUCCACUGAAACCUAACUCCUAGAAAACCUAGCAAAUACUUUAAAUCACUGCUGUUUUCUAUUAAUUAUUUCUGUUUUGUGACUGGUUCAUGUUACAGGCAUGUAUUGCAGGACCUCCUGAUUUUUCCAUCAGCUCUAUGAAAGAUUAAUCAGGCAUUCCAUAGCAGUAGUUUUUAAAGUUAAGUUUAAAGCUCUAUUUAUAUAAAAGCAAUACUAUACUAUCAAAAGGAAGCUGUGCAUAUGAUACUGCUUCUACAACUCAGCGUAGACAAGUUAUGAAUUCUGUAGUAAUUGCAGCAGAUAUUAACACAGUUUUGUAAAAAUAAGGUAGCAAAAUAGAUGAAGGGAACUGACAGCUUUAAGGGUAGCAUACCACUGAACCCUCCUUGUUAUAUACUUCUAUAUACAUAUUUCUCAGUGUCUGAAGAAAGUUUAAGGGACAAAAAGGACUCUUAACUACAAGCAGUUCCAGAGAGUAUUCAAAGAAAGUAUGCUGUCUUCCUGGUGAGAUAUUUCAUGUAGUUUCACAAAAUAGGUCAGUCUCCCUUUCUUAAAAACAAAAACCAAACAAAAUAAAAAAAAGAAACAAACUCCCACUGCAAUUAUGUAGGUAUUUCUGCACUCCAUCCUGAAGGUCUCCAACACGCACCAUGUGAGAGACAUGGCGGAGGUACUAGCUUAGUUGCCCUUGUGGCUCCAAGUAAAAUGAAAACACAAAAUACAGACUUUCCAAAAUAAACUAUUAGUUGAAGGUCUUUCUCCCAAGCAGUAUAUGCCAGAUGACAAGCAAAUGUAAAGACGAGCUGAAGAUAACCACUUCCUGCAUUUUAACAGUUACUGCACUGCAAGAAAACAGUUGAUUCUUUAUAAUGCAAUUUAAAAGCACUUUUUCUGUUUCCUUUUUGUUAGUAUUUUCCAAGUUACAAUUCAGAAUGGAAACAACUUGCCAGGAUUUCUUAUGAAGUGGCUCCUCUACUUUCCACUGUAAGCUAUGCAAUCUAAGUGUUAGUGGUACCUACAGAACAGCUAAUGAUUUUUGAACUAGUUUAAGUUCUUCUGUUGAUUGAAGCAUCCAGUUGAUUCAAGUGUGCUCUGAUCAAAAAGAAUGGAAAAGAAAGCAAAGCAGAAGUGUACAAAUGUAAGCGUAACUCCUUCCUUUGCAUUUCCAGAGGAAGAAGCAGCUUUGGGCUCAGUCUAAAUCUCUUAGGUUUGAAUAGAGAUAGAUGGAUGCCUAAAAGCAGCCAGCAGUCACUAAACCCUUUCAAAACACGGUUUCUGUAGUGGUUAAGACUAGCAGAAUGCUGUGCAGUGUAUCAUUGAGUUAUCUGAAGCUAAGUGGAGAUAAGCAUCCUUCUUAAACCAGUGCCAUUCCUCAGGGACCAACGUAGUGCUUAAGAGUUACAAAAAUACACAAAUAAACUUGAACAGACUUCUAGUACCAUAAUGUAGUAUUUUGUAGCCUAGGGCAGGAGGCAAGGCAUUAAAAAAAAUGAAAGCUGUCUUGUCAUAAGGUAACUUUUGGUUUCUACACAAAUGGUUGAGAGAUUUGUCUAUACUGUUUGAUAUCUGUUUUGUGUAGCAAGAGUUAUGUUCAAGUCCUGUGUGUUAACCAACACAGUGACCUACUGAACUCUUUCUAAAUCAGGAUGACUGUUUAAAGCAGCUAAGUAAAAGGGAACUCAUUUCCCAUUCUACCUCUGGCUUCCCCUUAGGAAGCUCUAGUAAACAGUUGCUGAAUUCUAUCACUGAAGUGAUAGGAACCUUCAACUCAAAAGUAGAUAUUCGUCUUGUGGCUCUUCAGCCUUUGAAGAAUGAUCCAUAUAUACAGCCAGCCUCAUUUCUUUCAGCUACAGCACGUUACCCUUCAAAUUCAUACCCCAACCCACUACAUAAAGCAGUUUUAAAAGCGUUAAAAUAAAAAAUAAAAAAAAACAAGUUCUGUAUAUUUGCACGUCGUAAAAGAGCACUUCUGAAAUAACAGAACCAUUGACAAACACAGAGCACACUGAAGCAGGAGUCAGAAGUAAUCCCCAUCAUCCUACAGCAGGAGUGUGAUGCCAUUGAAAUAACAAGCAAUGCAUUUCUAGGCUUUGGAAGUCCUCAUCGUGAAACAUCACAAAUCCUAGAAACACACAGAAGCACAUGUGUUCUGUGGGUUUAUUAGUUUGAUUGCAUCAUACCAGCAUGUUAGAAGGUGUUAGAAGAUUUUCUGCAAAGUCACUCACAUGCUUGCUGCAGUCUCAUUUUCUUAAGGCAUCUGCUUAUGUGCCACUGUCAGAGACCAGCUGAUAAAUAAGCGGCCCUUUUGCAUAACUCCGUAAUACCAGCACAGUUAACAGUGCAGAUGUGUUUUCAGCUGCUAAAGAAGUAUGCAGUAUUCACUUCAAUAAAAAUAAGCGCCAAUGUUA